CUCAGUGCACCGCUGGAGCUGGUGCGCGUGACGCAGGCCCACGCGGGGGUGUCCUCCCGCCGCCGCCACCCGCCCGCCCCCGGACUGGCGGGGGGCAGGGGGCGCACGGUGGGGGGCAGGGGCAACACGUUGGAGGGCCCGGCGGCAGCAGGACACAAGCUGGCAGGCCCCAGCCCCCGGCCGCUGCUGCCGCCCUUGGAGGUGGAGGUGGUGGUGGAGGGUCUGCAGCAGCCGGGGGGCGUGUGGCGCUCCACCGCCACCUGCCUCACCCUGCCGCUGCAGCAGCCCCUCAGAGUGCGGACAACGGCCCACCAGCUGCCCGACGGGCGGGUGCUGCUGACCGCCGGCCUGGCCUGCUGCCUGGCGCUGCCCGCCCUCCUCACCGCGCUGCACCUGGAGCC